UUACAUAUAAUUAAUGAUUUUAAAUAUUUAUAAUAGUAUUAUAGUAGUAUUAUAUGAUUUAUAUAUAACUAAGAUUUACAAGACAAUAUUCAAUAUGGCCACGUCCAAUAUCAAGAUUGAAGAUUGUGAAGUAUGCGGUGAAAAUAAAGCAAAAUAUACAUGUCCAAAAUGUGAGGUUAGGACUUGUUGUCUUCAAUGUAUAAAUAUUCAUAAAAAAGAAUUAGAAUGUGAUGGUAUUCGAGAUAGAACAAAAUUUAUACCAUUAAAAUCAUUUACGGAUUUAGAUAUUUUGAGCGAUUAUAGACUUCUUGAAGAAGUAGGUAGAACAGUUGAUCAAUUGAAAAGAGAUCCAUUUAAAAAAUGUACACGUCGAAUUAAUUUACCAGUGCAUCUGAAUAAAUUAAGAAUAGCUGCAAUCAAAAGGAAUAUUACUUUGCAGUUUAUGCCACAACAUUUUAGUAGGCAUAAAAAUAAUACAACAUAUUUAAAUUGGAAAAGUAAUGAAUUAUAUUGGAGAAUAGAAUGGAUUUUCCCUCAAGCAGAAUGUACAAAAUGGAUUACAGAAAGAGCUUUAGAAUCUAUAAGAUUAUCAUCGCUUUUAGAAGAGAUUUUAUACCCUAUUAAAUCAGUAAAAAAUAAAAAUGAUAUAGAGGAAUUAAAUCUAAGAAUAUCUUUAAAUGAGAAAUUACAAUUUUAUCAGGCAGCUGGAUUAUAUGGAAUAAAAGUUCUUUUAAAAGCAGAAAAAGUUGUAAAAUCAAAUUUAAAGUUUUAUGAAUUGGACAUUACACUUUCAUUAAAGGAAAAUUUAGAAAAUAAAAUUAUAAUUGAAUUUCCAGUAAUAUAUGUAAUUUUGAAAGAUCAUUCAUAUAUGUAUGAAAUAAUAGAUACAGAUGAUGAAGAUGAAAAUAUUUCAAAAUAUACUAUUCAUAAUAAUAUAUUAAAAAAAAAUAAAGGAACAUGCAAUCAAACAAAUAUAAAAGAAAAAAAGUCAACUGUGAAUUAUUUUUUUAAUUCUGAUUUUUCUGAUUCUGAAGAAGAAAAACUAAAUGAUGAUCAAAAAAAUGAAUGUUUAUCAAAUUUUAAUAUUCCCAAUUAUGAU